CCCUCAACAGCAGUAGCGGUUAAAGCCGAGAAAGAAACGGACAACUCCAGUCCGACACAAUGACAAAUAUCACACGUCAAGUGUAGGUUUUUAGCCGCAGAAGCCCAUUUUUUAAUUAACACGGACUCUCAGCCAACAGAAAGGCUGGUUUUCGGUGUAUUUUGUAGCCGUGAGAGGUUAGAAAAACACCCCACACAGCGAGGAUGUUGGUCCCCGCGGGAAGAUAAUGAAGAGGCUGCGCGUUCUGUUGGUGUGCCUCUUUGUAGCUCUCCUGUGCUGGUACCCCAGUCAAGAUGUGUAUUGUUCAGAGCAGAGCUCGUCUGGCCCUGGUCAGUCUGCGGGGGACAAAACCCCUGAGGGCCAGAAGCAGGAACAGGAGCAGGACUCCACGCAUCACAAGGUGUUGGAAGAAAGGACGACACACACAUCAUAUGAUAUUGGUCUAGAGACGGAGAGAGAAGAACUAGAGAAGCUUGCAACACACAAUGUACACCAAGAACAGACUGUGAAUCCUUUGGAAGCUGAAGUGGAGGAGACCAAGCCUGACCCGGAGUCUGAUACUGCACCUGUUGCUCCUGAGCCAGAACCCCACCCAGACCCCCAGGCCGAUGUGGACCCGCAGACAGACACACAGGACCAUGACCAGGAAGUCCCCGCGUCCUCCACUCCAGAACCAGUUCCAGCACAGGACCAAGUGUCCACAGACGCCCCGGCCCCAGCAGAGAUCGUCAGUGACGCCCCUGCUGCACACACCGGCCUGGACUCACACCCAGCCACAUCCCAAGAUGAAGCUGAAAACACACCUACCUCACAGAGCACCGGCCAGACCCACACAGGUGCGGUGCGGGUUGCCAGUGCAGUAGAUGAACUCCCAGUAGACAACUUUGUUUUUGCUGCGCACUCUGAUUCACAGUGCGGGGUUGUUCCCCCCGAACUGGCAACCUGUGAAAACUUCCCUUUUGGCAGGCCUCUGUUUAGUGUGGAUGAGGCUGGCAUAGAGGACCAGCGGUCAGACCAGAGCCACAGCUCUGGUCCUGAAGCAGAGGUCCAGUCUACUCCCGGCCCUUUGGACCACGAACAACAACAACAACAACAACAGCAGCAGCGACAGGAGCAGCUGGAGGAUGGGCUGUCUGAUUUGGACCAGGAUGGCAACACUUCUCAAAACCACCAAAAACAGCAGGAAGGGCAUGGCAGUACUGUCAAGGAGAAUGAUCCCUCAGUGCCCAGCAAAGAAGACAUCCCCACCUUCGACGAGUGGAAGAAACAAGUCAUGGAGGUGGAGAAGGAGAAAAGUCAGUCUCUCCAUACCUCAACCAGCGGCACCCCCCAUCCAGUGAAGAAGGUCCAGAAAAACUUCAAGAAUAACUACGCCUCUGUGGAGUGUGGUGCCAAGAUACUCUCUGCCAACAACGAGGCCAAGAGCACUUCAGCUAUUCUCAUGGAGAAUAUGGACCUUUACAUGCUAAAUCCUUGCAGCAACAAAAUCUGGUUUGUCAUAGAGCUCUGUGAGCCUAUUCAAGUCAAGCAGCUGGACAUCGCUAACUUUGAGCUCUUCUCAUCAACACCUAAAGACUUUUUAGUUUCCAUUAGUGACAGGUAUCCUACCAACAAGUGGGUAAAGCUUGGUACUUUUCACGCCCGUGAUGAGCGCAUAGUCCAGAGCUUCCCGCUGGAUGAACAGCUUUAUGCUAAAUAUGUGAAGAUGUUCAUCAAGUACAUAAAGGUUGAACUCCUCUCCCACUUUGGAUCAGAACAUUUCUGUCCACUCAGUCUCAUCAGGGUGUUUGGUACCAGCAUGGUGGAGGAGUAUGAGGAGAUAGCAGAUUCCCAGUACCCUUCAGAGAGACUGGAGUACUUGGAUGAAGACUAUGACUAUCCACCUGGCUACCAACCAUCAGAGGACAAAGCCUCUAAAAACCUGCUUGGCUCAGCAACCAAUGCCAUCCUAAAUAUGGUAAACAACAUUGCUGCUAAUGUGCUGGGUGGCAAACCAGAGCUGGAGGGUGGAGCAGCAAUAGGAGCGCUAGGUAAUAUAACAGCAGUGGGGGAUGACAAGAAGGGGAGCACAGAAGUUACAGCUGAAACGCCUCAGGACUCUGCAGUACUGGAGCCUGCAGAGCCAGAACACCCUGCAACCCAGGAGGACUCCGAUGUCUCCGGUGACUCUUCAACACCUUCCCCCUCAUCUUCCGACUCCCACGAGGACAGACAGAUUGUCACUCUGGUAGAGGAGGAAGAGGAGGAGGACGAAGAGCCCAGACAGUCUACUGUCACCCUGAUGGAGGAGGAGGCAGAGGAAGAGGAAGAGAAGAGGGAGGAGGAGACGACGAGGAGGGACGCAGACAGGAACCAGUGGGAGAGCCAGACGUACUGUCCUUUCUCCUCCUUCUCCUCCUUGUCUCUGUCCUGCAUGGCCACCCUGCCGGAGCUUCUCCAUCGCUGGUGCUGCGCCAGGUUGGCCAAGGAGAGACAACGCAACCUCAAACGGAGGCAGCUGAGCGCUCAAACACAGACGCACCCCGAUGCAAACACCUCAUCCCUCACAUACACACCUCCACUGAUCCCUGCCCCUGUUCCCACGCCUCUCAAAGAAGCCCUUCCCCUCACAGAGAAAGCUCCAGAGCCCGAGGUGCCUGUUAAGGGCCAUAAUGAGGGUGAGGUGCUCACCACCACAAACACUCACACCCCUGACGCACACACUCCAGAGCUCAACAUCCUCUUAGAGCCCAGUAGGACAGCCACUAUCCCCCCGCACAGUUUCUCAGACAUCCACAGUUCCCUGACAUUGCCCACCCCCUCCCACGAGGAGAAGCUGCCUCCUCCCAUUAAAGACGCAACCCUGGACCCUGUCCCCACUCCCCCCCUCCCAGCCGUCACUAUCCCAGAGACGCAGCAGGCCAGCAGUGCCACCCCCACUAUUACUGUCAGCUCCCCCCCACAGCCGGUAGCCUCUGAGACGGCCUCUCCUGGUGUUGUGGUUCCUCCUGUCAAGGAGCAGUCUGUUCAGCCUCUCCCCACUGCAUCGAGGCCUGAGGACCUCAUCCCCCCUCCCACUGAACUGCCACCAACUCCCCCACUGACUGACACUCACACAGACACAGUAAAGUCAGGCGCAGACAGUGGGGACUCACAGAGACACAGCGUCCAGGCCUCUCAGACUCAUGGGGAACAGGUGGACUCUCUCGUGCACACCGGAGAUCCCCAUCGGGUGGAGGACGCGGUGUACGAGGACCUGUUGAGCACUAAUGGGAAUGGCAAUGUCCACCGGACAGCUACAGACUUCUAUGCAGAGCUGCAGAACGGAGGGGAUUAUAAUGGCGGAGCGAUGAUGGGGAACGGCGCGUUAUUGAACGGGGGAACGGUGCACGGCUCCAGCCAGAAGGAGAGCGUGUUCAUGAGGCUCAACAACAGGAUCAAAGCCCUGGAGAUGAACAUGAGUCUGUCCAGCAGAUACCUGGAGGAGCUCAGCCAGAGAUACCGUAAACAGAUGGAAGAGAUGCAGAGAGCGUUCAACAAGACCAUCAUCAAACUGCAGAACACCUCACGCAUCGCUGAGGAGCAGGACCAGAAACAGACCGAGUCCAUCCAGUUCCUUCAGAGCCAGCUGGAGAACGUCACUAAACUGAUGCUCAAUCUCACCGCCACCGUCAGCCAGCUGCAGAGAGAGGUAUCGGACCGUCAGAGCUACCUGGUGGUCUCUCUGGUUCUGUGUCUGUCUCUGGGCCUCCUGCUGUGUCUGCAGUGCUGCCGCAGCUCCUCUCCCGCCCCCAACGCCAACCCUGCUCCCCUUCCCAAGAGCAACCACUACCCCAGCCCCAAGAGAUGCUUCUCCUCCUAUGACGAUAUGAGCCUAAAGCGCAGGGUGACCUGUCCGCUUGUUCGCUCCAAGUCGUUCCACUUGUCCUCUACAGAUGUAGGUCCCGAUGACUUGUACAUUGUAGAACCUCUAAGGUUUUCUCCAGAGAAAAAGAAAAAGCGCUGCAAGUCAAAGUCUUUGGACAAGGUUGAGAUUCUGCAGCCAGCCGAUCCCUCUGCUCUGCUCAUAAACGGGGAUCUAAACUGUAACGGCUUCCAACCCUGCCUCCCUGCGCUGCCACCACCACCACCACCACCUCCUCUUCCUCCUCUUCCUCCUCCUCCUUCUCUCCCACCGCCACCCCCUCCCUCUGCAGAGGAGGUGUCAUCACUGCCCACUUGCACCUCCAAGGAGUUCCCCUCAGAGACCAGCAGCUGCAGCUCGUCCACCCACUCCGAGGAAUCCUUCACAAGCCGCCUCGCCCCUCCCUCUCCCAUCUUCCCCUCCGCCGGCCUGUGCAACGGGCACAGCCUGCCUUUCUCCCUCCAGCAGCCUCCCGCCAAGCCCCGCCAGGAGAAGCGCUCCAUGAAGCGGCGGAAGUCGCGGCAGACGGAGCUGCAGUUCCCUGCCAUGCGGGGCGGUGGCGUCGCUUCUCUGCCCAGCCUGCAGCAGCUUAUGAAGGGAAACAAGGAGAUCAGUGUCGGGACCAUCGGGGUGACGGCGGGCACCGGACAUGUCUGAACACAACUUUCUAUUUACACACACACUAUAUGGUAGCAGACUUGUGAGGAGAUGAGCUCUUACUGCAUCCCAAAGAACCACAUUUCCCAUGAGCACCCAGGCGCACCGUGGAACUGAAGUGGCUGUGGCAGCAGUAGCGCGACAUCCUCCGGUCCUCAUCCACUCCUGUCAAAGAGCUGUUUACGGUUACGUGCCUUUAUAUUCGUUCUUUUAAUGCUAAGAAAUAUGAAAUUGAAAGAGUUGUUGACAGAGAGAGAUACCGUGGUGGAACAUUAACACAAGUCAAAUCCAUUGAAGUGUGUUCCAGAUGGGGUUUUUUUUCUACUGGAAAAAGCACAUUGUCCCAUGACAGUUGAGCACCAGUAGGCUUUAAUCCGCACAGUGAGGAGAGGUGCUGGCCUCAACUCUACGUUCCUUCACCUACGGGGGGCAUCAAGAAGUAUUAGCUGCUCUUUUGGAUGAAAUGUGAGAACUGUGGAGCAUGACAAACUACUUCUCUUAUUUCCUUCUGUCUUUCAUCGCCAUCAUUUGAUCCAUUCUGUCUUUUAUAUUGCAUCCUAACAUGACUGCAGGUGUUUUGUUUAUGGGACCAGAGUUCAUCGUACAACACCAAACUUUCUGUUUUCUCUCCCUCCGUCUCCGUCAGUCUGUUCCAAACCAACCACCAGAGCUGAAUGAAGAACAUUUUACAUGUCCGAUUGUGUUAGUCCUUUCACUUUAUAACCUCAUAUUACAAAUACAACCGCAGCCGUCUUUGGAUCCUACUAGUUCACUAUCUACUUGGUUAGUUUGGGCUGGGCCCGAAGUGCUUGCUCACGCACCAAAUAGAGAGAAAAUUGCGCUGUAUUGGUUCAAACAGGAUAGAGCGAAGCCAUUAUGAGGGUUUAUUGUCUUUUUUUCUGUUUAUAUUUUAUUAUUUCUUUCAUCCGUAGCUGAGCCACGCUCCUCUUCACUUAUCGUUGCUUAUGUGUGGUUUGUUUGAUUUAUUCUCACAGCCAGUAUGGAGGUUUCCUUUUUCAGGGCACAAUGUACUGUAGGAGCACAUUGGGUUGCAGAGCUGAAUGUUUACACUUUACCGUCUCACACACACAAGCACGCACACACACACACACACACACAUCGUACUGGGACCCUGUAGCCGAGUCUGACGGACCAGUUUUAUUUAUCUAUUUAUUUAUUUAACUACAGAUUUUUUUUCUAACAUAACUUGCUUUCUCCCAGUCCUGCAGUGUCGAAGCAGUUUAUCCAUGUGAGAAUGUUACAGAAAUAUAUUACAGUGAGAGAUGCACUCAACCGCACUGACACAAUUUCUUCUUUUUACAUUUUAGCUCGGGCUCUGACAUUAUGGCCGCCUCUUAUCCUGUUUGAUAGCAAUCACAUGUCCUGCAGCAGCGUAACAAGAUAAUUGAGUAUUGAUUUACAAAACGUCUUUUAGGAUCGUCACACUGCUGCGUUUGUAUUUGUGGUUCAGAGCUGCUGGGUGAAGUUGGAUAGUGGGAAGGACUAAACUGUUAAUUAUUGUCCUGUCUUCUGUGUUUCAGCAUCGACUUUUAACUUCACAAUUUCAUGACUGACCUGCGUUAACAUUCAGUUUAAUGUUUAAACAGCGUAGGGAGUUGUGUGCGAAGGGGGAGCUCAUUUUUUUAAAUAAUAAAAUGUAUAUUUUUCUUUAUGUAUGCGGUUUCUGACUGGCUCUGUGUGGUUGGACUUGUAUACAUUUUGACAGAGACAGAGACUUCUUACUCUCCCAUCAUUACCUCUCCUGACCAGCUCCUCUUUCUCUUUACAUAUCUUUAUCCACCUCCGACCCCCCCAUUGCACGACUUUCUGUGACUGUGAAGAAAAGUUUUUUUUAAUAUGCCUGCUUUUAUUAACCACUCUUAAUUCCCAUUAGGAGCUUUAAACCCCUCUCCAUGCCCGCUUUCCUAAUCUCUCUCUCUCUGUGCAUCCUCACUCUCAUUGCACACUCUUUUAUUCACUUGUCAUCGCUCUUUGACUUUGUGUUCGCCCCACCUCGAUAGUACUUGUGGUUUGUGAGGAGAAGGAUGUGAAUCGUUGAAUAAAGGGAACGCAGCGACGAUGGGUAAACUUGGAACACUAUUAAUGUGAUUCUGUAUGUUCCACAAGCCGAGCAAAUCAUGAGUUUUUUAAACCCUUUUUUUGAAUGAUGUUCUGUUUGUUUGUGUUUGUGUGAACCCGUAUGCACGUGAGGAUUUAUUUGUUGUUGAUCUCAUGUAUGUGUGUGUGUCUGUGUUAUGAGAAAGACUACUUUGAAUCUACUUAUCCCGUAACACAGCGAAUGGAGAGAAAUUCUAGGAGCUCAGUGUGCACUUUGUAUGACUCCUCAUGCCUUUUUUUUUUUUUUUUUUACCGUAUAUGUCAAGUGCUAUCUCUUUUUCUUUCUCUCUCUCUCUCUCUCUCUAUCCUCCUCUUUCUCUCUGUGAUUACUCUGAAGAGCUGCACAGUAUUUUUGAGCAGGAGUGAGUUACUACAAAAAUGUAGUGCCAUUAGAAACUGUGAAUUUCUAAAUAAAACCUUUUUUUUGUUGUCUUUCA